AUGAUGGUACCUACAAAGCGACACUUUUACCCGUACAACGGCGUUAUCUACAUAUCUCAGUACGACUACGGUGACGAAAUCCUUGCUCGCUUCGGUCGUGAGAACCGCAAAGCAGUUGCCACUCCAGUCGAUGAAAAACAGGCUUUAAUUGAAAGGCCUACAUCGGAUGGCACUGCUUCGAAAGCAGAGAUCAAGGAGUUCCAAACAAAACUCGGCACAUUGAUCUGGCUGAUGGUGUCAACCAGGCCAGAUAUACCAACCAAGAGGUCCCAAAAAAUGCCACCCAGGAGGAUGAUACUCCAGGGGUUCACGCCUCUUGAAGUAGAUUCUUGCUUCCGGCACAAAUUUGAGGAUUGA